AUGAUGGUUCAGGAUAACCUAAUUGACAUUAUUCACGAUACUAAAUCAAGUUUAAGAAGAUCUGUACUGGAAUUAUCACAAUGGAAACUGCAUAAAUCCGCCAAAUGGUCUGCUGAAGCGCUCCAGGGUAUGGCUGAUCAACAAGUUCCGCGUUAUGUGGUAGAUCCAGAUGAAUCACCAAUAAGAGACGAUUCUGUGAAAAGCAGGAUGAAUUAUGAGUUACCUCAGGUCAAUGCAGGCAUGUCAGAACAGGAAUAUGAUCUAUACUUAUUGGCGUCCAGCCUAUUCGAUUCAAAAGAAUUUGACAGAUGCUCUUACUUUCUCAAGGAUGUAGUGGAGCCACGUUUGAAAUUCUUGAAAUUAUACUGCUCCUACUUAUCAUGGGACAAAAAAACUAUAGAGAGUACUGAAACUAUGCUAAUGGUUGGUGAAUCAUCAAGAAUUCAGUCGCCGGAUAACGAUUCAAAUGAAGACAAUAUAAACAAUCCAGUCUUUUCUGAAAAUAAAAACAAAUCUGAUGUUCAGAUAUCUGAAGAUGGUCAGCAAACAAGUGUAACCAUCCUACUGAAUGAAUUAAAGGAAUAUAUAGAACAGCACGCAUUCAAUGAACAGAUAGACGGUCUGGGGCUUGCCCUUCUUUAUUACUUAAAGGGUGUAUUGCUUUCUCGCCAGGGGAACAAAUCACACGCAAUCACAGCUUUUUUGAAGUCAUUAUCCUUUUAUUCUUUCAAUUGGACCUGCUGGGUGGAAUUACUAGAUUGUGUGUCAAGACCUGAUGAAUCGUUAAUUCUCACAAAACAUUUAGCAGAAAAAUUUGAAUUGAAAGAAAGUAAUAAUAUAUUCACGCAAUCUUCCACCGAGAACAAUAUAAUGAUUAAAUUUUUCAAAUUGGCUCUUUACCAAGAAAUCGGUGGAAAUAUAGAUGAAUUCUUAAUGAAUUUAGAAUAUCUACUUUCAAUAUCUCCAAAUUUUGCAUAUUUGAAAUCUCAGCAUGCUUUAGUCUAUUAUAACCAUAUGGAUUACAUUAGUUCAGAAAAACUCUUCAAUCAAAUUAUUAAAUCUGAUCCCUACAGGUUAGAAGAUCUCGACGUUUAUUCCAAUAUCCUCUACGUCAUGCAAAAACAUUCGAAGUUAGCCUAUUUAGCUCAAUUUGUAUCGCAAAUAGAUAAGUUCAGAGCCGAAUCAUGUUGUAUAGCGGCAAAUUAUUACAGUUCUAGGCAAGAACAUGAAAAAUCAAUAAUGUAUUUCCGCAGGGCUCUAACCCUUGAUAAAAAAUCUACUGGGGCAUGGACCCUUAUGGGUCACGAGUUUGUUGAAUUAAAGAACUCUAAUGCUGCUAUUGAAUGUUACAGAAGAGCCAUUGAUAUUGAUGAAAGGGAUUUCAAAGCUUGGUACGGAUUGGGACAAGCAUAUGAAGUGUCAGAUAUGCAUUUAUAUUCAUUGUAUUAUUUCCAAAGAGCAUGUACUAUCAGACCAUUAGAUCGUAGAAUGUGGCAAGCACUUGCAUCUUGUUACGCGAAGAUGAAUAACUCAAAAGAAUCUAUCAAAUGCUACCAAAGGGCCUUACAACUAUCGAAUAACGUGGAUCAAGAUAUAGUUUUGCAUUACGAACUCGCCAAACAAUAUGAAAAGCUUUUAGACACAGAAAGUUGUAGAUCCAAUAUGCUGAAAUGUGUCGAACUAGAUAGGUCGAUGGAAGGUGUCAUAACGGAUGAGGUAGUACAGGCAACUAUAUGGCUGGCAAACUACGAAAUAAAAUUGAAGAAUUACGAAACGGCAUACAAUUAUGCUAUUGGCAUAACAAACGGAACUUCAUUGCAGAUAGACAGUGCAAGAUACAUAGCCAGACUCUGUCGAGAGAAGAUGAAAUGA